UAAAUCCAGUGCAUUUUCAUAUGAUUUAAGUCAUCGCAAUUAUGUAAACAUUGCCAUGCUGGGCGAACAUAAAGCAAACGUGUUACUUAAAGGGAAAACAGUGAUUUAAGAAACAUUUACUAGUACAAAAUAUUGCUAAAGGCAGCACUGAAAAACUUUCCCGAGGAAUAGCAAAACUUUAACGUGCCAAAACUAAGGGUAGUCCGAGAUCUCCUAUAGGUAGCAGCAAGGCACAGCCCAGAAUACGACAAGCAAGUCUGUCCUCUCGAGAAGCAUACAAUUUCAAGAACCCAUACAGCUACAGGUUUCCUGUCGUGCACAAACCAAAGAAAUACGUCUCAGGUAGAAUGCAAUUUUAGUCAUUUUUGUUUGAUAACAAUAGUUUCAAAUUGAUCAUUUCAAUUAUUCUUUUUAACUCGGGAAUCGUGAUUUACUUCGUAAAUUCCAUUUAAAAGUCUAAUCAUAAGAAAAUUAAUUGCAACGACAUGCGGAGAAGUACGACCGACGUCUGCCUGUCUCUUAUUGCGGUUGUCGUCACCCUAGCAAACGGUGACAAAGUCGCUGUGAUUAAUUCCACCGGGUCUGUUUCAAACCCCAGCGGGGCGUCCGACGUUAAUUCAUCGGUCAGUAAUGCACACACAUCUAGGACCAGGCAGAAGCGGUACAUUUCGCAGAGCGACAUGAUCGCCAUUGUAGAUUAUCAUAACAUGGUCCGGGCAAAUGUCUUCCCACCAGCAGCCAACAUGGAGUACAUGGUCUGGGAUGACGGCUUGGCCCAGUCAGCAGAGGCUUGGGCGGCCACAUGCAUCUGGGAUCACGGGCCGUACUAUCUGAUGCGGUUCUACGGCCAAAACCUCUCGGUCAGGACGGGCCGCUUCAGGUCCAUUUUGCAGCUUGUGAAGCCUUGGUACGAUGAGGUCAGAGACUACGUGUUCCCCUACCCCCGGGACUGCAAUCCCAGGUGCCCACUGCGCUGCUACGGGCCCAUGUGUACGCAUUACACUCAGAUGGUGUGGGCGACGUCGAGAAGGGUGGGAUGUGCGGUGCAGACUUGCUACAAUAUGAACGUCUGGGGCUCGCUGUGGAGAAGAGCCACAUAUCUGGUGUGCAAUUACUCCCCAAAGGGGAACUGGAUUGGGGAGGCGCCCUACCAGGUGGGCAUACCCUGCUCGGCCUGCCCCCCCACUUAUGGGGGGUCCUGCAGCAGUAACCUGUGCUCCCCCGCUGUCAGCUCCAACUACCUGUACUGGUUCCGAUAAGCCGCCUUUCACCUGUCCAGAUGGCUGGCACCUUGGACUCCCCCCCCCCUCCCCCCCCCCCCCAUUUAAAUGAUGUUUCCAAGAAGCAUUUCUUGUUCAGACCCGCCGAUGCUCCAGAAUCGCCUAGCAACCCUAAACCUAAAUCUUUCAGCACAAAGUACUUUACAGCAGUUAGUUACGCGAGUUUUUUUUUUUUUUUAACGUCACAUUCUUAAUAAUCGACUUUUUUUAAAAAGAAAUUAAAUGUUCACGUUUUACGCAUAUUGAAUCCUGGUUUAUAUGUGUGUGUAAAUGAAAGAUUGGACAUUUCUGCUCCUACACACGUUCCCGUUUCUAUUAAACAUGUCAGUUUCUCACAGUCCAUUUCAUGAUCAAACAAGACAAAGUGUUUCAGCUAGUAUUGGCGUCCACUGAAAUUGCUCCUGCCUGGCAGUUUGAUUGCCGAAGCUUACAGAAUGCCUAGAUGAGGUGAACUUUCACGUGCAGGGUGGCGUGUGCCAGCUGUAAUAUAAGGCUUGUUGCGCAAGGCUUUUGUAACCCUAGGAAUAUUAAUACAUGGUUAUGGAAGGUGCUAUUAUCUUUUAAUUCAUGGAUAGCUAUAUAAUAUUCUUCCAUGUAGCGUUCUUUAAAAUAAAGCAUUUAGUUAAAACACAAAGAAAAUGAAUUUAUGAAGGUUUUAAUGCGUAUAACAAGAUCCAUGUUUGUUUAUUCAUGAACUGUUAUAUCCUGUAUAAGGAUGUGAUUUGUGUGUGUAGGAAAAUCUAGUGCACUGGUUUGGUGAUUGCAGAGUGUGUAAUACUGCCAAGGGGUUACACAGAAAGGUUUGUUUAGGGAUAACAGGGAUUGGAUGGUGGGGGCUGGCUGCUAUUACACGACACCAGCACUGUGUAGAUCUAUGAGUUCUAGCUGCCCUGCAGCCAUUUAAAAAACAGUCAAUACAUGGAUCAAUUUAUGGGCAUUUCUAUGUACGGAGACUAGUGCUAUAGUGCACAAUGCAUCCACACUCAUGAGUCAAUGAUUUCAUCACAAUUAUAUUUACUUUAUCUUUUUAAUGUUCAGUUUCAAAUGUAUGAAUGCAGAUGAGGUUCUUCUCAAGACUCUCGUGGGGAAAAAAGCAAUUUAAAGAAUUAACUUUGAUUAGUCGAGUCACAUAGAACGUAAUAGGGGAAAAAAAUUGCUCCUGUCCAGUUGAAGGGGCUGAGAUUUCUAGUAUUGCUAGACAACACUGCCCUCUGGUGGCUACUGCUGUGCAAGCAAAAUAAUUUAUAAUCCAUCAUAAAAUACGAUAAUCUAAUCAGGAAGAGACAAAUGGACACGUUUUUUGCAGGUUAUGUAGAGACCGCAAUUUCUGGAAAUGCAAAACAACAUUUUGGACUUUCUCAGCUCUGUCAUGACACAUCAUUGGAGAUAAUUAACCACAAUGUCAUAAUUUAACUUGAUUCCUAUUUUAAAACGUGCAUUUACACUCAACACAAACAACUUUUUUCUUUAUUAUUUGAUUUUAUUCUUUUUUGCUUAAAAAAUGUGACUGUGCUGAAUGGGUAAUUUAUUGUGAUUUAACUAAAUGGAAGUUUUUUUGUUUUUUUUUACUGUGAUUUAAGGUUCACAAAAAGCAGAUUAACACAUUUGAGUAUUUAUUCAUAGAAUCCUACCCAUGUGAAACUGCAGCUUGUGCAUCAGAAUUUCAUAGCAGAAUCUCCUCCAGUAGGGUAAAAGGUCAUGAACUGGAAUUACAAUCGUAGCCAAAAUAAACUGGUCGUAACCAUUACAGCGGGCAUAUUGCUAAUGACGUUCUGUUAAAAUGUAACAUGAAGGUUUUAUACUGUAUCAUCAGGAAUGUCGUUUCAGCUUUACACUGGCCAUCAAUUCAGCUAGCUGAGUUUCUAUGGUUUGCAGAACAGGCAUCCCACAGCUUGCAGACCGUUGUGCCUGACCACUGAGUUUGCAGAAGACUCAUCAUUAACUCCAAUAAUCUGCCAAUGCUCUGUCAGGUUCAGCCUGCCCCAGGAUAGCCCCUAUCUCUGGAAACUGCCAGCUUUUCUAGUCUAGCUAGAAAUAUUUUAUAAAGUGUCCUGUGUUAGACAGAUCAUUAGGGUACAGAUUUAAGUUUUAGACCAGGAAUUUGCUGUACUAUUUCAAGCUUGUGAAGGUUGCUAUAGUAGCAAUUAUUUAUUUGUACCACAGAGAAAAUAAAAAAUGUGUGGUCCUGGUGCUACUUAAUUAGUAUUAAAUCAUUUUAAUACAUACAAAGUAGCAAUUCUUAAAGCACAAUGUCAUGCUACUCUUUCACCACCAGAGAGAGCCAUGCAACAGAAAUGCAACAUUUCUUUCACUGGCAGUGAAUUGGAUGAGUUCUGCAGUAAUAAAAAGUGUUUCUCCUCAGGUAAUGAGCCCAUAAAAUGCCAAUGUUGAUAAUUAAGUGAAGUAACUAUGCUUCGUGUAUUGUGUUAGGCUGCUGCCUCUGUGUAAUUUGCGCUGGGACACAGUGCCUAUCCAUCGCACAUAAACAAACAAUCACCCAAAUCCGGUACAUUACAGAUGCGAGUUUGCUGAAAUGUGUUUGUAUUUUGGAAGGGGGUACCUGGAGGAAAGUCACGUGACACAGGGAGAACAUACAAACCUGACACAGGGUUCAGACCCCCAACUGUGGAGUCGUGAGGCAACAACGUCAACCACUGAGCCUCCAUGCUGCCCCCUGUCUGUAUUAUUCCAUGUCCUCAACACAAUGCUCAGCUUCAAAUUUCAAAGCCUGAUUUCAAAUUGUACUUCUGGAUGUGUGAUUUCAACCAUUUCUUCCAGCUCAUGGCAGAAAUGAUCCCAAAAAUGUUUGAUGAAUGAUUUAUCAUUUGUAACAAUGAGUAAUAAUAAAUACUGCCCUUAUAUUAAUAAAUGGGUGUUUUUAAGUAUAGAUUUGGAAUUUAUCAGUUCUGAUCACUAGAGGGUCCUGAUAUUGUAUCAAGUUUAAGCCUGGAAAAUGUAAAUUAAUUUUAAUCUUUUUAUAAUAUGUCGUCUAAUGAUGACUUGAUGUGUAAUGCUAAUUAAACACUAUAAUAAAUGACCUAAUAAAAGCUGUAAGCUGGGUGUCAGAGCUGUGGUCAAAAUACAAAUCUCUUCAUCACCAUGGACCAUGUGUUUAUUCUCUAGUGUGAAUUCAUCCGUAUUAAAUGUGCUAAUUGUGGACAAGAUCAGCAACAGUCAGAUUCAAGUUCAGUAGAUCGAAAUAAACCAUGUGUUCAGUCUGGAGCAGUAUCACAGUGUGUUCAUUCUGUUUGAGAUCGGUAUGAAUCAUGUGUUCAGGCUACAUUAUGGCUGCUUGAAUCAUGGUUUCCAUGUUAUGCUGGACUGCAUGAAUGUCCCACUUUGCAAUAAAUUGGCACGAAUCCUGUUCAUUA